UAGUCCGGACUAGCACGUGAACGUGGCAUUGUGCCGUAUGUUCAGAAUAGAACAUUGAUUCCCAAGCUUUAGCACUGUGGGCAAAAUGGCUAAAAUGGAGUUGUUGGGAUUGAUUUUCAACCAGGGAUUUAGAGCAGUUCCUGAGCUUUUCCGAGCCGUUGAAAAAACAAUAACAGACUACCAAGGAAAAGAUUGCCUAUCGAAAGAGGAGAACAACCGUCUACAGAAGCUGCUUGAUAUCCUCCUUAAACCAGAGAUACAGUUACAUAGAGCAGACCGCAAAUGGCUCAAUGCCAUUGAAGAGGAGGUUCCCCCCGAACAGCAGCACUGUGAGCAGGAAAGGAGCCCCAAUCCGGGGAAAGAUGACUCCGAGCCCACACAGAUUAAAGAGGAACAGGUGGCACUCAGGACCAGCCAAAAGCUGGAAUACAAUACCACUUUUCCCUGUGUGAAAAGUGAGUCUGAUGAGUAUCCAACUCAGUCCUCACAUCUUAACAAAACCCAAAGUAAAGAAUGCAAGAACAGAGACUCUUCAACUAAACAGAUAAAAACAGAACCUCAUGAGGACUCUUCAGAACCAACCAGUGACUCUCAGGCCCUCUCUUUAGUAAAUCCAAGCUGUUCUGCAUCUCAGAAUGAAAACCGUGAAAGUGUUGACGCGAGGUGGAGUGGAGGACAUCUGGCGGCUUUAAAGAUGUGCAAAUCAAAGAGGACACGGACAGAAAAAGAACAAAUCCCUGCUUGUUGUAAGGUGUGUGGAAGGUCUUGUCACUCCAUGCGUACAUUAUUGACUCAUUUGAAAAGUCAUAGAAAAGAUGAGGAACAUAUUUGUGGUGUGUGUGGAAAAAGAUGUCCAUCACUAGAACGUGUGAGGGAUCACAUACAAACUCACAUGAUGUCCCAUCUGAAACCACCUAGUGAAUGCCCUGCUGGUUCUAGUUGUAAGGUUUGUGGAAGGCCUUGUCACUCCUUUGGGGCUUUAUUGAGACAUUUGCGAAGACACAGAAAAGAUAAGGAACAUAUUUGUGGUGUUUGUGGAAAAAGCUGUCAAUCCCUAAAAGGUUUGAUGGAUCACAUAUUAGAAACUCACAGAACUAGGUUUUGUGAAGUUUGUGGUAAAGGUUUUGACUCUCCUACGGAUCUGAAAAAUCAUAUUAGGACCCACACAGGGGAGAAACUUUUUCCCUGUAAUGAUUGUGGCAGAUGUUUCACUUCGAUUGGAACUUUGAAUGUCUAUAUAAGGAUGGUCCACACAGGGGAGAAAUCGCAUCAUUGCCAUGAAUGUGGAAAAUGUUACGCUCUGAGUGGAAAUUUAAAAAUGCAUAUGAGGCUUCAUACUGGAGAGAAACCGUAUCACUGUAAUGAAUGUGGCAAAACAUUUCGCCUUGGCACCUCUCUGAAAAUGCAUAUGAGGACUCACUCAAGGGAGAAGCCUUAUCGGUGCCAGGAUUGUGGCUAUUCAUUCUCUCGAAGGGAUCACCUGAAAAACCAUUGCAGGAUUCACACAGGGGAAAAACGUCAUCGCUGUCCUGAAUGUGCCAAAUGCUUCCCUCAGAGAAGUAGUCUGCAAAUGCAUAUGAGGAUUCACACAGGGGAGAAACCCCAUCAAUGUCAUUUUUGUAAGAAAUGUUUCACCUAUAGCCAUCAUCUUAGAGGGCAUGUGAGAAUUCACACCAAUGACAAACCAUUUCCCUGCCAGGAGUGUGGCCAAUGUUUCAGUCAGAGUUCCAAUUUGAAUCGGCACAUAAAGAGACACAGAGGGGAGAAACCACAUCAUUGCCAUGUGUGUGGCAAAUCUUCAUCUUUCAGUUGAAUGUGCAUUUGAGAAUACACACAGGGGAGAAACUGCAUGUGUGUUCUAUAUGUCCAAAAUGCUUCAGUGACAGAGGGGCAUUAAUUAGUCAUCAGAGACUGCACAUGGAGGAGAAACCUUUCAAGUGUAGUUAUUGUGAUAAAUGCUUCAGACAUAAGCAGAACAUGAAAGAACACAUGAAGAGAAGGCACAAAAACAUGACCGUGCCCUAUGUCGGGGAAGGGGAUCAAACAGCUGAUUGAAAGGCCAUUCAUCUCCUCUUGGGUGGAUAAGAUAUGACCGAAUGAAUGCUUGAACUAUGAGAACAUUGCUAUCUAACUGGCCUGCGUCACCAGACACGCUACGUUUUCAGAGCGUGAUACGCUCUUAUUAGUGUAAAUGAAACCAGAUGUAAGCGUGCCGGCUUUGCGAGAGGAGUCCCUGCUCAUAGUUUGACACACAUUUGAGCUGCAGAACUGUAUCCGUAAUUAACUUAGUUUGUUGUCGAUAAGAGCUUUGUUCAGUAAGCAUACGUUUAUUUUUUUUACCCAUCGGAGAACAAAAGUAACUUUGUUUAACGUUGUAGUUUUUAGAGCUUUUUUGUUAGAUACAUGGUACUUUUAUACACAGUGGUUUGAUUAUACACAUUACAUAUUGGAUAGAUAGUACUCAGACAUCUAUAUAGUGUUUUCCUUAUUUACUUACCAAUCAUGAGCUGUAUAAUCCCACCCCUCUGCUGCUCUCAACUCAUCCCACCUAUCUCCGUAGACCAUCCUCUUUUGAUUUCCACGUGCCAUAUAUAUUUUUAACUGUGCUGGGAUGUCUUACAUUAAUUUUCAACCUUUCUAAUCGUAUAGCAUCCACCGAUUUGUAAGUUAAUGAUGACAUUUUGUCCUAUGAGUAUUAUAUUAUAUUGCUGGUUAUGGUUUUCCAAGUCACCCAACACUGCUAUUUGUAGGGUUAUAUUUUAAAUGAAUGUUGGGAUUUUUUUUAACCAUUCCUGAAUCUGUGACCAGAAA